UUCUACGGUGGAGCACGUGGUACCGGUCGAGGAGGCGGCAGGCCAAGGGUCGACGCCGGCCCUCCUGAAAAUGUUUUAGAAAUGGGCACAUUUGUCCACGCGGUUGAAGGCGAAAUGGUCUGCGCAUCUGUCAUGCCAAACAAAGUCCCCUACUUCAACGCUCCCAUUUACCUUGCGAACAAAUCUACCAUAGGGAAAGUCGAUGAGAUCCUUGGUCCGAUUAACGAGGUCUACUUCUCCGUAAAAGUCAAUCAAGGAAUACUGGCGACUAGCUUCAAUAAAGGCGACAAGGUCUACAUCGGUGAUGACAAGCUGCUGCCGUUAGAGAGAUUCUUACCCAAACCGAAAACAGCUGGAGGAGUUCAAAAGCGGAGGGGUGCUGCUGGGGGGCCGCGAGGUGGGCGCGGUGGACGUGGUGGACGCGGUGGGUUUGGCGGACGUGGAGGGUUCAGCGGACGUGGUGGAUCUGGCGGACGUGGUGGAUCCGGUGGACGUGGUGGAUCCGGUGGACGUGGUGGGUUCGGUGAACGGGGUGGAUUCCGAGGGGGUGCUGGUAGAGGGAUGGCUCGUGGUGGCUCUGCUGGGUCAAGGGGCUUUUCUGGAGGAAGAGGGGGCAGCUUCAGGGGUGGUGGCAGAGGAUAUUAGCUACUACCGUUGUCAAACGCAAUAUCAUUCAUACCCACCUUACAGUAAAUGAAGCCUCCCGUGCCUAAUUACCUGUACAGCGUGAUAGCCUCAAUGGUUGCGUAUGAAUUUUUGGAGCUCUGAUCCCUCAAACUCUUGUCUGAGACUGAGGCAUGAGUUCUUGGUGGAACCCCAGUAGUUUUCGCGAUAUGUUCGUAUUUGGGGUUUGUGAUGGGGUCACUUGUAUUUUUUUGGUG